AUCACCAUAUCAAGAUAUGAGAGGGCGGGAAUAGACUCCACUCUCUCUCUCUUUCUCUCUCUCUCUAUCUCUAUAGUGUAUAGCUUAUUUUAGACGCUUGGUGUGAUCGUGUGGGAGGGAGCGGAAGAGACGGCGGAGGGAGGGCGAUCGUGGAUGGUGAUGGCGCCGAAGAGGAAGGAGAGGAAGAACGCGGCGCCGGCACCCACCUUGUCGCCGAGGAAGACCAGGAGCGCCACCGCCGGAAAGCGUGUCGCUCCGCCGCCGGCUCCGGCGAGGUCGCCGGCCAAGAAGAAGGCCAAGCUCGCGGUGGAGAAGCGGAAGAACAAGGUCUCCGACGGCGAGAAGGGAAAGGGCAGCCGUUUGAAGGGAAAGGGAAGGGUCUCUAGCGAUGAAGCACCGGUUGCUCCUCCGCCACCAGCCACCGCCGUCGCUGAUGGUGCGUCUUCCAAGACCAUCAUCGUCGAGGCCUGCAAGCAAUGCAAUUCAUUCAAGACCAGGGCCAACAUGGUGAAGGAAGGUUUGGAAAAAGCUGUCCCUGAUAUUUCUGUAUCUGUUAAUCCUGAGAAGCCACGACGAGGAUGCUUCGAGAUACGUAAGGAAAGUGGUGAAGUUUUUGUCUCAUUACUGAACAUGCCGCGCCCAUUCACACCAAUGAAGAAGCUUGAUAUGGAGAAGGUUAUUGAGGAUAUUGCAAAGAAGAUUACUUGACUGGAUAUGUCAUCUGUUGCCAUGAGGAUGGACAAUCCUCUGAGCAUGCUGGUAGUUUUAUCUUUUGCCUGCUAUAUUUGCUACUGUUUUGGUGGUCAAGCUUGUAAAUUGAAGGAACUUGCUUCUGGGGAACAGCUACUUCAGAUUGUUCUUAUUGCAGCAGCUUAGAUUCAAGAUUGGCUUGCAUGAGUGUCAUGUAUGCACUUGAAUUAUCUUCAAAUACCGUAGUUCUUCAUGAUCGGAUGCUGUGAUCAAAUCUGUUUUGUAAAGGCAUCAUUUUGGUAUAAGCAUCUGCUCUAUCAUACAGUUCUUUGUUGUGA